AUGUACGUUGCUCGUACAUUUGUAACUGUGGCUUGUAUUGAGGCGGCACUUGCUGCUGUCUGUGCCGUGUUAGGUGGAUUAGGCCGUCCAGGCGGAUAUAAAACGGCGGCCAAAAUUCUUGCUAUACGAGUCGUUCGUUAUUUACGUCAUUCAGAUGUGCAGAUGAUAAGUUCUUCAUCAAUAGGAGAAUCAGGAGAAGCUGGUACUAUUGAUCAAUCAAAUAGUAUAGGUGAAUCAUCUGGCCUUGAAUAUAGUGAAUCAACUGAUAUUGGCAUUUCAAACAAGGCUGGUCAAGAUGGUAGUUCAACUAGUACCGGCAGCAGCCAUCAACAUGAAUGA